GGCUGAGGUGAAUGUGAACUGCCCGGUCAUGCAAGGAACAAGGAAGUGAAUGCAGAAGACAAUUCAAUCAAGUCCGUGCAGUGGAUUGUGCAUGGCAAAAUAUACAAAGUCACACACCUGUAUAAAACAUGUCCAGCCGAAUUUGACUGAGUUGUAUCACAUCAUUUCAGCUUAAACUUAAAGUUCAGUACAGACUACAGUGGAGUGACAUAUCAUCUUUAUCUAGAGAGCAGAUGUAGACUAAUCUAGAUCUACAUUGACUUUCCUUAAAAUUCAGGUGGUUCAACUACAAGUGGAAGUGGAAGUUUAAAUAAGUCUAGUAACAACUUACAUCUCAUACUGCAAGAUGGCUUACAUGUCAGUUGUCGCUCACAAUGACAAGAUGUUGCACUUGGCAAGGUCACCUGGCUUUCGAGCUUGGGCUACUUUUUUUGGUAUUCUUGCUAUAGGUGGAGGCAUGGUAAUCUUCUCACAUGACGAUUGGCUGUGGAAAUCCUUUUGUCUCUUCUGCUGUGGAUUUGUGGCCAUAUGUUCUCUAGAUGACUGGGAGGAAUGCAUCAUUGAGAAAGAUGGAGACAUUCUUUUGAAGAGGUUCAGUCUGGUCGAGAAGAUCCUGAGACCAAAACAAAAUCAGCGCCAAGUUAUAGCCGAGUCCUCCAGUAUAGUGAAAGCUGAGGUAGAGGCAGAAGACAUCAGAUUCUUUGGUAGGGGGCGCCUUGUCAUGCUGUACUUCAGUGCUGGCUAUACCUUGCCUCUGACGGAGAAGUGCACUCUUGGGGAUGGAAGUGAUCACGAGGUGAUAGCAAAAAUAAUCCAGAAAUUCCUAGCCCUGGAUCAGAAGAAAUGGGGGCACAUGGAAUUCAAUACUGGCAAACCACCCCACUCAAGAUCAACAACAUCAUCUUCUUCAUCAUCUUCCUCAGAUGAAAUGGAGGAAGAAGAUGCAAAGACAAGAUAGCACACUUUCAUUAUUAUCCACUUUCUAUUGUAAUAUUAGUAGUAGCAGGAAUAUAAGGAUACUCUAUAUUCUUAGUGCAUCCUUAGAGGAAGAAGGAUGAAGAACCAAAUGUUAAAUUCUUAAUACAAUGAGGGAGAAUUGGAUGAUGCAGAUGCUGGCUUUUUGUUGGGUUGUGUAUGUUUUGGUAAGAGUGAAGCCUUUUUUUGUGCAGACUGCAUGCAAUCUCUGUAUGAAGGAGACGCGACAGCUCAGUGAUAGAGAAGUGAUCUCGGAACCAGGAGGUCUGAGGUAUGAACCAAGUCAAUGUGCAAGGUCCCUUUGGUGAGGCAUUUCUCAUUGGUUACACAGUCCUUCAGAAAUGACUUAAAGCCCUUCUGUACUCGUUUGGCCACGAGGGAUUAGACCUCCCAGCAUUGGCAGGUGGUAAUCUCAUCAAAUCAGCUCUCGCAUAGGAGACCAUAGGGGACCAAUGGUCACCGAUUAGGCAUUGUUUACUCUAUAGACGGCGCAAGUAGCUAUAAGUAGUGCAGUGGGGCUUUAAAGCUGAGUAGGUUUACUGAUUAUUUGUAUACAAGUAUAAUGAAUUUCUAGUAGUCAUGUACAGUCAGUCAGUCAACAGAGUGAGUAUAACCAAACAUUUGAGAAUGUCAUCAUAAGUAGCAGUUAUACAGGUAUGUACAUGUACAUGUGUUUUUCUUCUUCAUGAAAGAUGGAAUGCUUUUAAUUCCAUUCCAUUGGUAGGUGAUGGGGUGGGGAAAGUAGUCCCCUCCCCCCCCCCCCCCCCCCCACCCACCAGGGGAUGAUGUGCAUAUCUGUGCUUUUAGGCUUUAGCAAUUGUGCGGUCUUCUCCAUUAUGUGUCCAAUUCAUCAGUAUAUUGCAAAAUAUAUGAACGUUACUGACAAACACCAGUCUGUAAUUAUGUCAUCAAUUAACAUAUAAGUAUUAAAAGAUGUCUAUCCUUAAUAUACAUAUUCCAGGAAUAAUGAGAGAAUUUUCUGGAGAUCCAGGUGUUAAAAUGGGUACCCGGUAGGAUGCGAAAGCUAAUGUGGUUUGAUUAGCAAUGGCGCUUGUAAAAUGGCGACUGGCUGGAAUGCUCCCCAGG